AUGGCUACAUGUCGGCGUCGACGCUGCGUGCGUCAACUCGUGCUUGAAGCUGCCAGAGCGCGGGCAAGCGAUGCGCUGACGCUGGCAACGCGCGACGGAGAUGCAAAGCCGUUGUUUGCUCCGUACAGUCCGUCGCCGCAUGCAACGAUUGACGCCGUCUGGACGAAAUUAGCGGCGCUUCAAGUGGCGUUGAGUGCCGACGAUCUGCUCGUGGACUUGGGCUGUGGCGAUGGGCGGUGGCUGAUAUCAGGAGCUCAGCGGUUUGGCUGUUCUGCAUUGGGCAUCGAACUGGAUCUGAAACUGGUGCAACGAGCAAAGGAGCACGUGGCGCAGCAGCGAUUGCAAGGCCGCGUGCGGGUGGAGCUCGGAGAUGUGCUCGAGGCCGACGUCUCGAACGCCACGUUGGUCAUUGUCUACGCGUUUGCCGACUCUGUGGCGACGGUUGUGUCGCAGCUGAUUGAACAGCUGACAGAAGAGGCCAACGUGCUGUCGAUCGGGUUUCGCGUUCCCGAGUGGAAAGCGUCAUGGGGCGAUCGCGAUGGAGGGUUGCCCUGGUAUUUCUAUCGCAUGAGCGACUGCGUUGGAAAGCGGGGAAAGGGGUGA